ACGCCGCGCUUUGCCCAAAGCUUGGGCGGCGCAAGGGCUCGUCCGCCGGCCCGGAGACCCCCACGCAGAGAAGCGCCCUCGGUCAGGUCGGCGCUCUGGGUUCGGCUCACCCGGCUCCGGACCCCCCAUUUAGCCCUCCCCGCGGCGUUCGUCCGCGUGCCCCCGGCAAGGACUCCGCAGCAUCAGCCUCAGUACCUGAGUCACGUCCCGCGUCUCGGCGCGGGGAUGCCCGUGCUGGAGCCGGACCGCAGCCCGCUGUGCCCGUGUGCCCGCGCAGAGCCGCACGGCCCGUCUGCUCCCGGGCUGGGGAGCGCUCCCGCGCGGCGGCUCUGGAGCUGCUCGCCCCGCCCUCCACACGGGGCGCGCCCUGGGUCCUAUCGCCGCCGCGGCGACUCCCCCUCCGCUACAGGUUCUUCGGCGCCCGGGCCCCGGCUGCGCGCAGCGCGACUCCACCGGCGCCGGCUCCGAGCGGGGCCCCGGUGCCUCACAAGGCAUCAGCACGAGCUUUGCGCUGCUUGCGUACAGUGCAACGCGGGGCUGGACCCUGCCGGCACGAAUGCUGGGCUGGCUGUCCGGAGGAAGAGGACCUGAGCAGUGGACUUCAACUUAUGAAUGGAUUUCUGCUGUUGAGGUCUAAACAACAACUGUCUCCGGCAGCUGAGCUAGAAUGGAUUCUGAAACAGAGUAAAAUGCAAGCAGAAAUUAACUGGCAGCAGCUCUGUGAGAAUGCUGAAUGUAAUUGGUAUCAGAAAUCAGAGGAUCCAACACACAACCUGUCUUCAUCAAGAGAGGAGGUUCAAGGUGAUCUACAGAAAACAGACUACAGGUUGCAUGAAGUGAAGAGUGUUCUUUCUGCUUUUUCUGUUGAGAGAGAACAGACAAUACAAGCAUCGUUUAAUCACAGUAUUUCACCUGAAGGGGAGAAACAGAUAUUUCCGUAUGAUGAGGAAAGUUCUCUGUAUAAAUAUAUCCCUGCUUUGGAAAUAAAAAAGCUGCAGGAACAGAAUGCCAGCCUUCGGGCUGCUAUUGCACAAAUGAGGAAAGAAAUGGAGAGUCUUGAUGAGCAGAUGUUGUCUUCUCUUCCUCAAACAGAAGACAGACAGUUUGCAGAGCAAGGUUCAUUAGACACAAACAGAAUUUCAACUGGAACCACACUGAGCAACAUCAAAGUCAGUUCAGCUAAGUUGGAUUGUUUAGUAAACCCAGACAUGGAAGAGGGGCCAGAACCCAAAGUUCUUGAAGAAAACAUGGUCAAUUUUGGACAACAGCUACCCGAUGUAGGUACUGGUAAUGGUUGUCAAUAUAGUGUCAAACACACUCUACAAGGAAUGCAAAAUAAACUCAAGGAAGCAGCAAGAAAAAUUUCAAUUCUGAGCCAAGAAAAGCGGCAGCUGAUUGAAAUGGGAAACAGACUCAGGGCAGAACUUGGAAUGGUGUCAAAGGAAGGAGUCUGGCAUCCUGUUAGCUCUAAACACUGCACAGUUUGUAUUGCCUCUGGUAGUCUUCUUCCAAGAGAACUUGUCAAAAGAACACAGUGUCAGCUAUCAGUUCUAAAGCAUCUACAGCACAGACUCACAACACAGGAGCUGCAGUGCACAAGGCAACAGCAUCCUUUAAGGUUCGCUUCUCUUACUGCCUGCCCUAGCUUAAAGGAAGAAGAAGCUCCAAGCAUCUGUGGAGAAGAAACAGGAUUACCAUCCAGUGAGGUUUGGAUAGAUUUCUCUAUUGAAAAUCAUGGGCCAGAUACAUUCCCAGCAACAAAGGAAGACACAACCACAGAGAGUUUUCAAACUCAGCUGCUCAGUCAGAGUCCUAGUCAUGUCCAACAGGUUCAGCUUUCUUCAUCUAGAAUGCAUAAUUUCUGUCAAAUUUUAGAUACGGGAUCAAGCCAUUCUCUACUCAGUCCUCAAAAGAACACUAGCCAGGGGGAGUUUGAAGUUGUACAUUCAAGCAAGCAAUCUGAAGAAUCUUGGCAAAAUGUCAAAGCCAAGGAUAACCUUGAAACAUCAGCUGAAGAUUUGACAGUCAGAGGAACAAGGCUGGAAGUUCAGCAGAAGUUAAAAUCCAGGAGUUUAUUUUGUGCUCAUCUAUUAAAACCAAAAAUCUCUUCCAGCAUGACAAAAAUCCGCAAUUAUAAUAUUAAAGACUGAUUUCUAUGUUGUCAGCAUGUUGUAGGUUCACACUUGCUAUGAACUUACUUUGACAUCUGUAUAUCAGGUCUAAUUAUCAGCCUCAGUUUUGUAUGUCAGGUUGAGAUAUUUGCAGCCGGAAGAGAGAACAAAUACCCUGCUUCAUACAGAGAAGCCUAAAAUAAAGGGUUAAUCUGUGUGCAUUAUGAGGUUACAAUCUUUGUUGUUGAUACUGAUUUAUUUUAAUUAUAUAUAUUAAGAUUUUCUUGCAUCAUGGAUUUAGAAAUGCUCAGUUAACACAUAGGUAAAGCCUUGUGCCUUCAGGCAGGACUUGCACGACUUCAACAGAUGUUUUGUUGAGAAACUAUAGAUGUGAUUUAAGCUUAGAAGUGGGAUGCCUCAACCUACUUGUCUUCUAAAUAACAAUGCAACCGUUAAUCCUGUGCAGCUAUCUUUCUACUUGAUAGAAAGGGGUUUCAAAAGAUUGCAUCUGAGUCUGUAUUAUUUCUCAUCUUCUCAUCUUCUGUAGCUCUUUCCACUUGUUCAGAGAGCAUGAAAGAAUAUAAAAUUAAAUUUCUAUUGUCACACCAGUGAUUGCAUUUUCCCUUGACAAGAGAUUGUUUGGACU